UGUGACGCGCUUCAUUUCUCUCCCUGCACAAUCCGUAAGACCAUCGAUAAUGUCUACCGCUCCAUCAUCGCGUCCGUUAUUUCAGCCCCAGGGCGAGAACAUGGGUCCACCAGGAAAAUCAAUCGCUCGACCCCGACCAGACAGUAGCAAUCGACCAGUACUAGGAGAACUGACGCCGAACGCCAAACUUGACAAGCAGCAACAGACUGCUAGAGCGGGCAGUCCAUUGAAGCGACAAGCGAAUAUCUUCGAUGAUGGAAAAGGCUUCAGCUAUAUCAAAAGACGCCGUCUUUCACACAACAAUGCUCUGACGCGCCGAAUCACGCCGCAACCUCCUCAGGACCAGCAAAAAGGUCUCUCUCCUACCGAGCACGACUCCCAGUCUGAAGGUGACAGCGGUCGCUCAUCGCAGAACUCAAACGCUACUCGUGGCUCCUUCUCGUCCUUGAUCAACUACGACCCCUCGUCUCAACAGCAGAUCUCGCAACAGCACCAGGCAGGCUCAUCGGCACGAUCCAUGACCAUCAGAACCGCUGCCCAAACCCUUCGGUUACGUCUACGCAUCGCCAUCUACAAGGUCCGCACCAACCAGAUCAACGUACCCUUUUCGCGUCUGCAGAUCAUCGCCAAGCAACCCACACGACAACAACCUCACCCUCAACCACAACCUCCUCCUUCCCCCGAUGCCCUGCCCAUGGCUCCUCCGCCGUUACGCCCUUAUAAUGAGAAGCACAUACACGCUGCUGAACCGCAACACCAAGCUCAGCAAGCCCUCUUCUCCACGCCAAACAUCUUCUCGAACCGCUUUAUGCCUUAUAACGCUCCCUCGAGCUCGCCGCCGCUAGCACACGACCCAUUGCCUCGUAUUGCAAGAGAAGCACAAGCUCGUAUGGCUGCUGCCGCUGCUGCGCAAACUGCGGACAGAGAUAGUCUCGACUCUGAAGCUACCGAAUUGGCUGACGACCAGGACGAACAUCCUGUGGCUGAGAGCCCGCUGGACAGGUCUAGAAGACACCACAUGCUGCCACAAACUUGAAAGCUCUUUCAAACCACUUCUUGAUAUAUACAGACAGUAGUGACUGCGCUGCUCUUGCUUUUUUAUGCAGCCGUCUUCCUCUUGCCGGCAUGCGCUUCUUCAGCGGCCCUGCUUC